AUGUUCAGGUGGAUGCGAAGGGAAGGGGGAGGGACAGGAGCAGAGCAAGCAAGAGAGUUGAGAGGAUUUGAGGGCCUGGAAGAGUCGGAGGCAGCUCCAGCAUCUGACGAUGGAGCUCGCGAUCGCUCUGGGAUGGUAGGAGCGGCUUCCAUCUCAGAGGAGUCAGCACGGAGAGAGGAUCCACUGAAGCAUGCGGCUUCGGUCCUACCUCCCAUCGCUGAAGGCCCGGCAUCAAGGAGGAAGGAGGAAGAGAAGCGAGCUCAGGGGGGCGUUCGGAUGCCUGCAAUCCUGAAGAACGCCGAGCAAGGCAGCGUGCAUGGCGCGAGCAAGGAAGUGGCUUUCAGCAUAGAGAAGAAUGAUUCUGUCGAGCUGCGGAAUCCCAUCAGGGAAGGACAGAUCUUCUCUUCCUCCUUUGACUGGCUGGCCUGCCGGUGCGGCAGGAAAUGCGCUAAGGAGGUCGGAAUAUGUCCCCUCCAGGCUCGAGGGCUAGCGAGGAGGCUAGUGGAUGGGAGCAGCAUGUCAGUCUCUCAGCUUCGGGAGCCAAGAGACGUGGAUGGGUACGCGGUAGGGACGAAACUGCAUGUGCGCGGCGGGCUGGGAGUGGGAGGGAAGGGAGUCGUGCGGCUCAAGUUUGACCCGUUCAACGGGGCUCUUGUUGCCAUCAAGUCGUACGACAAGAGGAAAUUGUUGCACAUCAGGCAGUUGAACGACGUUGUUAAGGAGAAGUCUUGCCUGCAGAACGGGUUUGUUGUUGUCUACUGCAGUUUCCUAUGUGACAAGCUUAUCAGGGACACGAUCACUGGACAACUCUACCUGGCCCAUCCUUUCAUCGUUGGAGUGCCGCUCAACUGCACCCUCCACGACGAGGAGCACCUCUACAUUCUGAUGGAGCCAGCGCUGGGUACGCGAGGAAAGCAGAGCUUGUGCUCUCUGAUGAGAAGGCAGGUGGAGAUCUCAAGACGUUUCUCAGGAUGCAGCCUGAGAUGGUACGCGGCUCCUGCUGCUUCCCUGCUGACGGCCUUUCUUCCUCAGCGCUACAAGUUCGCUACUUGUCAACUCUAUGCCGCACAGGCUGUCGUAGCUCUGCACUACCUGCAUUCCAAAGGGUUUGUACAUCGAAAUCUGCACCUUGAAAGCAUGGGGCUAGAUCUUGAGGGAAGGUUGAAGCUAAUGAGCUUCAGCGCAGCGAGAGAUAAGAACUGGCAAGUCGUCAAGAGCUGCUUCUACGUUGCAUCAAACAUGACCCAAGGAGUAGCGUCGACCUUCUCCGAGGUUUCAGUCCCGAGAGUUCGGUGGACUCAUCUUGCUCCUGAGGUCGUCAAGCAGCUCCCGCAUGACUUUGCUUCCGACUGGUGGUCUCUCGGCAUCGCCAUCUAUGAGAUGCUUUGCGGGUUUCCGCCCUUCUACCACGAGGACCCGCGCGUCGGCCUCACCCUCAUCUGCAUGGCCAAAUUUCAGCUUCCUGAGCACUUGAACUCUGCUUCUUCCAACCUCAUCCGUCGCCUCCUGGUGGUGGACACGAAAAACGGUUCGGCUCGAGGAAGGCAGGAGGAGCGCUGGUGA